GGCCACGAACUACGUUCGCAGCUGUUUUCGAGUUCUCUUAGACACAAUGAGCAAAGCUCACCCUCCCGAGUUAAAAAAAUUUAUGGACAAGAAGUUGUCAUUGAAAUUAAAUGGUGGCAGACAUGUCCAAGGAAUAUUGCGGGGAUUUGAUCCCUUUAUGAAUCUUGUGAUAGAUGAAUGUGUGGAGAUGGCAACUAGUGGGCAACAGAACAACAUUGGAAUGGUGGUGAUACGAGGAAAUAGCAUCAUCGUGUUAGAAGCCUGGGAAUGAGUAUAAAGAAUGGC